AUGAUGCUGAGGCGUGUUAAUGUUAACGACGAGGCGAUUCUGUUUGAUAACACUGAGCCGUGUUCCAAGGCAACAACGAGGCGAUUUUGGUUGACACCGCUGAGCCGUGUUUCGAGGCAACGACGAGGUGAUUUCAAAAGGAUACCGAGCCGCGUUAAUGUUAACGACUAUGCGAUUCUAUUUGAUAACGCCGAGCCGUGUUUCAAGGCGAAGCGCAAAUUAGAGCUCCUUGUAGCGAACUGUGGUGCUUCGGGACGUUUGAGACCUCGGAAAAAGAAGAGACAGAGACCCAAUCCGCCUGGCUCAUCUUUAUCCUCAGCGGAAUCUUUGGAAGCUCUGCGCAUCCGUUUCGGGAUCUCGGAGGUGGUAGUGUUCGUCAUGCCGAGCCCAACCGAUCGUGCUAAGCUUCUGCCUCCAAAUCACUUGACGGUGAUUCUCAGAUACCUCUGGAAGCAUGGAAUUUCCAUUGGUCAGAUCGUGCCGAGGGGCCUGCGUCACAUGAUCGGGAUUUUAGUGCUGAGUUUUGAGUGUCAUAUCGACGUCACUCUUGAUCAUUUGCUGAAUUUCUUGGAGAUUCGCAAAGCUCCUGAAGAGAAGAGGUUCUAUAUCUCGAGCAAGGCCCGACACAAAAUUAUAUGUGGUUUUCCGAGCAAAGAUUUUUUCUGGGAUGAUCGCUUCUUCUACGUUCUCGUUAACGAGGCGUCGGUUGGUGACUUUGCCGACAUUACCAAGAUCGAUUGGGGACCACUUGUUCGGAGCAUCCUUCCACCAGUCCUCGAGGAUUUGUUUGACGUUCGAGAUGCGUUAGCAGCUUGGAAGAAUAACUGGAAGCGCCAUUUUUCGCUUGAAAGAGUCGAAAGAGCUCGAUCAAUAUUAGCUGGAGUUCCGGUCUGUUCAGGCUCGUCGAACUCUUCCGGAGAUACUGGGGAGAAGAUGGUUAUUGUGACACUUAGGGAAAGGAAGAGAAGGGAGGCCGAGGCGGCUGCAAAACGAGCCGAGGAGGCUGAUCAGCAAGCCGAGGAGGGAGACAUAGUUUCAGAGGCGUCGACGAACGCGUUGAGCGAGCCACAGGAGUCGGCUGUACCAACAGCCUCGGCAGUGCUUGCUCUUCCUCAAUCGAGGCCAACUGCCUCGUAUUUGAUCGGUCACAAGGCGUCCAAUUGCAAGUGUACUGCAGUUGAGAAGGGCAAAGGUCUCACCGCUCCAAAGCCUUCGAAAAAGAAAACGAGGCGAGUUAAUGACGAGCCGGUCGAGAGGAAGCUUAUUAUUGACGAUCCGGUUGCCUCGGCGCGGUUAUUUGCAAAGGUGAAUAGUGCUGACGUUUCAUUCCCGCCUCCCGAGAAAUUUAGGCGAUCUAAGCCUUAUGCUGCCAUGGCUCAACGCGAGACGAAGUUCAACGCUGCCAUAAACGAGUUGAUGGCCGGUUACGAAGCUGAUGCAGUAAAGAUCGAGCGUGCGCAAUCCCGCGUCGUCGCGCUGGAGGACGAGAAAAAGGCUUUGAAGGCUGAGUAUGAUAGGCUGGUCUCCCGUUUUGAGGAGUCUCGGGUCCGGAAAAACAAUGAGAUUUCUUCUCUGAAGAGGCAGAUUGAGGCGAAGGAUGCCCUCUUUGAGUCGAAAGUGAAGAUAGCUAAGAAGGAGGCUUGGCGCGAGGCAGCAGCCAAAUUCCAGGAACGUUUUUCUAAGAUUGAAAAGAAGAUGGAAGAGCUGGAGAAAGCUAAGCGUGACGAGAAUGAUCUUGGUCAGAUUAGGAGCAACCUCGUACUAAUCAGUGAUCUCAGGAAGCCCGACGCCACUCUUGACGCCGAAGAAGAAAAGCUAAAGACAUGGGAGGCCGAGGUAAUUGGGGCGGAAGAGAGAUUUGAGCGCAUCGCGACCGAUCGUAGGGGAGAGCUUGUUGUUAGUCCAGUUUCCCGGACUCUGUUGAUUCUCGUCUCGGGGUCGAGCCAUUGGAGGUUUCCGCCGCUGCAGUCGGUGUUGUGGAUCCGACGGGUUCAAACAUCAACACCCUGA